UAAGAAGGGCUUUUCUUGUAAACUCUAUAACUUUGCAAAGAAAGGUCGUGUAGAGCUGGGAGAUGCCUCGUUUUAAUCAGAAAUUUAUGGACAACAAUUACGCCUCAUUACGGAUGCGGACCGUGCCGUUGUGUGAAUGCCUUACAUUUUCUUGUAUUUCACAUCAUUCCAUAUUACAUUAGAACCGAAAGUUCGAUGAGCUUUAAAGGAUUUGAACAGAGAUGCUUAAAUAAGGUACUAGUGAAAUUUCUCAUAUUUUCUUCUUAGCCAGUACUACCAGACCAACUCUAACUAGCCAAGCUACAACCAGACAGGUUUCAAGCACACAAGGUUCAAGCAGACAAGCUUCAACAAGCCAAGCAAAAGGGAUAUCAGGUACAACAAUACCCAGUAAAUCCGACAAAUCUAAUUAAAAAACUCAUCUUAUAAAACGCUAUCGGCUUCCAUCCAUUAAAUACUUCCCCGCUUGAUAUUACAGUGACUCCCACAGUUUUUACAUAGCAGUCGAAACUGAGUUCUAAAUAUUUUAAUCAGUAUUAAUUACACAAUAACAGAAAGGAAAGAAUAAAACGUUUUACAUACCUCCGCGUCGCAAAAAUUUGUCACACAUUUCUCUUUCUCUCUACGUAAGAAUCAACUUUCAAUAAUAAAUAAAGUAUGGAGCUGUCCAAUAACAGCCCCGUGCUCAGAAAUUAAAGAACAUAUGCUCAAGUACUUGCAUUUUGACUGAGUCAUAUAAUGUCAAAGAGCUGGAAAAACUUUAGAAAAUAUUGUCCUCAAAUAACUGUAAAUUUGAGUAAAAUGUAUAUUAUGCGACCUCCUCCUUAACUAGCGUACACGAAGCACCCGAUGAAUAUAUCAUAACGACCUCACCAUUUUCGAAGUGAGUGGAAAUAUAUGCUUAGCCAACUUGGGCACAUAUUUCGAGUUUGUAGAUUUCCGAAUAGCCUUAACUUUUAAUUUCUGCUGACGGGUUUCCAUAUCCUUUCAGCCACAACAUUGAAUCCCACCACCGCCCCAGUCACCACAACCCAAACGCCCACCACAACCCCAACCACAACACAAAGCCCCACCACAGCCCCCAUCCCCACCACAACCCAAACGCCCACAACAACCCAAACCCCCACCACAACGUCAACCCCUACUACAACCACGUCGACAACCACAACCACAACCACAACCGCAAAGCUAUGCAGUUGGAAUACCACAGCAGUAACAGUGGCUGGAUUCGGUCAAUUAAAUACACCAAUUGGGUUCUAUUUUGAUAAAACAAAUCAGAUAAUGUAUAUUGGGGAUUAUGGUAGUAACAGUGUUAUACGAUGGAUCCUUGGUCAACCAAAUGGAACCGUUAUUACAGCUAGUCAAUUCACUUCUCUCACCGGGGUAACCGUUGAUUCAAAUGGCACUGUAUAUGCCAGUGAUUCAGGUAGUGGUAAAUUCCUCAAAUUUUCGGCGGGGUCCAAUAGUACAACAGUGGGUACAGUUGUCGAUACGACAGGAGGGGCGAAUGUCUGUGUCGAUACACGCAACAAUGAUAUAUAUCUACUGUCGGCUGGUAGAAUAUUAAGAUAUCCACUGGGUUCCGCUCCAUACCAGGUUGCCGCAGGAGAUACUAGUGGCGGUUCCAACCUAAAUGAAUUGAGUGGUCCAAACGGAUGUUAUAUCGAUCCAAGCAAUGGAAAUAUCUAUGUGGCCGAUAAUGGAAACAAUCGUGUUCUACGUUUUCCUUCUGGAUCUACUAAUACAACAAAUGGAACAAUAGUUGCGGGUGGAAAUGGAUCAGGUCCAAAUGCUAAUCAAUUGAGUAAUCCAAGAGGUGUAGUGGUUGAUCAAAGUGGAAAUGUAUUCGUGACGGAUAGUAAGUCUUUAAAGCAGCUGCCUAACUCUAGAUAUCAGAGGAGUGACGUAUGGGGGAUGAAAUUUUGUUUUGGUGAUAUCCUCCUUAAGACGCUGUGUUGAAAGAUGUUCCCACCAUUUUGCAGGCGUUUGUCGGGGCGUGUAAGUGUUUGAAAGUUGCAGGAACGCACAUUUAGAUGCCAAACAAAACACUUUUGCAACCCAUGCCGUGUUAUUAGUCAUAUAGCGCGCGAAACAACGCUGAUUAGAACCUUACCAUACAGUAACACUAGGAUUUACCUUCCUAAUAGGUGCUUAGACUUGGCGUUAUCUUUUGGCAUUUGGGGCUGCUCUUAGAGUUCAGUAGACUAGUGAUAGUGUUUUCAAAUGUGAAAUCAAUUUUGCCUGUAUAUCUUUACGACUAUACUAAGCGGCUCUUCAUGCUUUACCACAGGAAAUGAACUUGUAAUCCUCAAGCUUAUUUUUACUUUUUAAGACGGUAAUAAAAGAGUGCAACGGUGGCUACCUGGAGCAUCAAGCGGUGAUACAAUUCUUAAUAAUACUAGUACGUUGGCUAAUAUAGAGCAACUUGCUUUCGAUUCAAUGCAAAAUCUUUACAUAGUUGAUAGAGGAGGUAGUAAUAUACUAUCUUUUUCUAUUAUAUGUUAGCACGUACAAGAACACUAACAUCUGUCUGAAGCUAUUGAAGUUAUUCACUAUAUGCAUAAAUGCUUCGACAAUCUUGUCCGAAAAUUUGCUUUUUUUGUUAAUUUGUUUAUGUUUUAAUGGAAUAAAUAUAUGAAAUGUGGUAAACGGGCGCGAAGCUGAGCAAUCAUACAACGACUGACGAACGAUAUCUGGAUAGUUACUUUGUUUUGAGUUGUGCUCUAGUAAAAUAAACAGAGCGCUAGUAAGGUAAAAAUGUCGCAGCACAACACAACAAAAUCUGCCGCAGCGUGCACCUAGUAUCGCCGUCUAAUGAGUCGCAAAAUACGACACAUUUUUAUUUAUUGUGCAAAUAUUUGAUUACCUAAAGUCAGGGAUCUCAUUGACCGAAAUCAGAGCUAGAUAUAACGAUGCGCAUUUUCAGCGAUUCUGCUGGCGUCGAGUUGGAGCUAUUUUUCCGAGAUGAGAUACAACAGUGAUGAAAUGACAUACACAUGUCUUGAGAAAUAUAACUCGAAAUGAUCACUGAUUCGAUUGUAAAACAAACUACAGUGAUGUCACCAAGGGUAGAAAAUGGAUGAGGACGAGAGUGUUUGACAAAUAAUGAUACAUCGAAGCAGAAGAAAUUAAAGUGGAAAAAGGCAAAAAGGAGAAUGAAAGACUUACCCAUUUUUUUGAAAAUUGGUGUUUUUAUUUUUUAAUUCCUUUGUGUACUAAGAGAAGUACGGUAGAUGAAGUAAAGCGCGAAGGAUGAAAAAAGAAUGGAAAUGAUAUGGACGUUGUUUCAUUAAAUACUUGAUUAAAUACUGAAGCGUUUCUUUGGUGAUAUUUUGUGCGGGUGAGGGUUGUGAGUAUGUGCUCUUGUCCUGAAUUAUUCCCCUUCUUUUAAGAAAACUUGUUUUACUUACAGUUUUAUUUGAAACACGUCUUUGAUUAAACAAAAGUAAUCAAAUUUAAAAUCUUCUCUGUUUACAAAAAUACAUUUUAAGAUAAAAUAAGAUUUUAUUUUACUCAAGAGCAGGAUAUCACAACAAAGAACAAAAUACUUGUGGCAUCCGUGAAUACGCUGUGAUAACAUAAAAUUAAAAAGGACAGGGGACGAUAAGACCGCAAAUCGGCCCACUACCAAAUCCAUUAUGCAGUAACUCAUCUAAUGCAGUUUUUUUGCCCAUUAAAUCUAUCAUAUUUUUAGACAAUCAAAAUCCUUUCCAACGCCCCUGG